CGCAUCAAACAGGCUUUGUCUUGGUUUGCCGAAGAACAAUGCAUCGCAAUGAACGAUAAGUCUCGAAGUUUCAGAUGACCAUAGUGACGCGAGAAAACAAAUCGACGAUUCGCGGUUUACGCGAAGAAGAGUAGAAGCCUGAGUGAACUGUAUUCGUCACAUACUUUACUUCACGAGCCAUCCAAAGAUAUGUCCGUGACUUUUGCUCAACGCGGGAGACCGCCACCGAAUCCUGCCCAAAUACAGAAGAUGCUCGAUGAAAACAGCCAGCUCAUUCAGACGAUACAAGAAUACCAGAAUAAAGGGAAACCUCAAGAGUGUAUACAAUACCAGCAGAUGCUGCAUCGUAAUUUAGUAUAUUUGGCCUCCAUCGCGGAUGCGAAUCAGAAUAUACAAGCAUUGCUGCCGCCACCGCAGGGAAUUCCUAAUGGCCCUCAGCAUGGUAUGAUGAGUCCGCAAGGCCUUCCCACUGCUCCGACGGGAUCGGGUGGUCCCGGAGGCGAUAUACCUCCGAACACCCAACCAACGUUACCGAUGUCGAGUUUUAAUCAAGGACAGCCCAUGUCUCAAGGAUAUCGUGGUCCGGUCAUGCCUGGACAAGGUCCCGCUAUAAACAGACCGCCUACUGCGCCUGGACCGCAGCAAUACAGAGGACCUCAGGGAUACCCUCAACAACCAUCUCAACAAGGCUACCCCGCGCAGUAUGCCAACCAAACUCCUGGCUCGAAUUAUCAAGGUCCUCAGGGUACGGCUUAUACUCCGGGACAGCCGAAUCAGUACGGACCACCGAACGCUUCCCAGCAACAGGGAUACAGUGCGUCGACGCAACCGAAUUACGGUCCUCCGACUACGGUGAACAGUUACGGACCUCAACCAGGUGGAUAUCCACCACCGGGGUCGACUCAGCCUCCCACGGGCUACGGGCCACCGCCACCGAAUCAGCAGGGCUACCCGCCUUCUAACCCUUCGCCACAGAACUUCCCGUCGAGCGGACAGCAGCAACAGCCGGGACAGUACGGUAGUCCUAGCCCGCAGCCAAAUUAUCAACAACCUCCGUCUCAGGCACCGCCGCAAAAUGCUUACGGAGGCGGCCAGCCCGGAAAUUAUCCUCCUCCGUCGUCUCAAGCGUACGCGAACAAUGUACCGUCUCAGAACUACCCAGCUCCGCCUACGUCGAGCGCUCAACCGCCUCAACCUGGCUCACAACAAAACCCUGGACCUCAACCGAACUAUGGCAAUCAACCGAGUCCUGGUCCCGGCGCGACGCAGUACGGUCCGGUCUCUACGUCGCCGCCUUUCAGCAGCUCGCCGGCGGCCGGAGUGAACACUUACGUUCAGAGCAGUCAACCGACGAGUACGCCGUCCGCCUCGACCCAGACCUAUCCACCGAGCAGCGGUCCACCGCCCACCUCGCAGGGAGGCAGUUACGCGCCUCCUGGCCCCGCUCCGUCUGGCUAUCCCGUGCAUCAGUCGCCUCAUCCGACGUCUCAUCCGCCGCAUCAACCGCCGCAUCAGUCCCCGCAUCAGUCGCCCCAUGCUCCACAUCAGUCGCCCCAUCAGCCCUCUCACCAAUCGAGCCAUCAACCACCCGCGCAUCAGCCUCCGCAUCAACAGCAACAAUCGCAACAGCAGUCUCAGACGCCGCCGCAGUCUCAACAGCAACAAUCUCAGAGUCCCGCGCCGAGUGGAUUUCAGCCACCGUCGGGACCUCCGCAGGGCCCUGCUCCUCCUCCGGGACCGCAGCCACAGCCUGGGUACGGUCCGGCUACUACGCAGACGUACGUGCCACCGACGCCUGGCGGUCAACCACAGGUGUACACGCCUCAUCCGCCUCAAGGUGGGCAACAUUACGGACAUCCGCAGUACCCGCCUCAGAAUUACCCUCCGCCGCCGGCUGGACAGGGAUACCCUCAGUAUCCACCGCGACCACCCGGUGGUCACAUGCCUCCUCCUCCCGGACCUCAAGGACCGCCGCCGCCGAAUCAGUACGGUGGUUACGGUUAUCAGCCACCUCCGCAGUAGAGUCUACGCGUCAGCGUAAAUUCGUCGCCGUAAUGUAGAGGAACGGAACCCGGAACGAGAUGGCGUAAAUAGAACAUCAAUUUAAUCCUUCACAGCAUAUCGUCUACGUGUCACUUAAUGGGGCUAAAUAAUAAAAAUAAUCAUGUUACUACGGAAAGGUGCUGCUGACGAAACGUUACUACGAUACUAACGUUGGCAACGUUUCUGGACGACCUCGACUCUUCUCGAAAAUAAGGUACGCAUAGAUCGAUUUUACCACCAAAUAUAAUUCGGUACAAAAAUCAAUUUUGUAGACUUUGCAUAUUGUAUACGUAUUCCAAUGUGAUCGAAAAGACUUCGAAGAAACAAAAAGAAGUCGUAUCUUCCAUCGCAGAUACUCUCGCAAUUAAAACAUUCGGGAUGCUGUGAAUGAUUUGGUACAAAUGUCGACGUUUCGACUCGAUGCAUUUACAUUCUAUGUUCUACGUAACGUCGCUCUGUACGUUAGGGUCGUAAAUCUCCGUUCUUUAAUUCCGAUACGUGUGGUACCGGACUCGGCAGUGCGUUUAGCUCGAUCGAUGAGGAGUUGCAGCAUCGACACAUUCGUCGCAUCGAUGUUGAACGUACGAAACGUACGGUACGACGUGAUACGAUCUGUUCACAGCUGCGGGAGCGCGCGUUUGCUUUACGAGUAACCUAUUGUUUGUUUCCUUGUCUAAUUUUAUACAUAUAUAUAUAUAUAUACAUAUAUAUAUAUUUUUUAUUGUCAUUAAACGGAUUUGUAUGUUUGCGAAAAUAUUGUCUUUUCCUUGGAAAAUUUCUUGGCGCUUGAUCCGAGGUAGCGCGAGACGCGUCGUCGAAUUCACGAGUAAAAGAGGACAACGGAACGUUCGACACUUCAAUUCUGAACUCUGGUUCUUUUUCGCUUUUGCUUAAUAUUUCCGUCGUGUACCAUCGAAACGUUGAGCAGAACGAUCAUAAACGAAGAUAGACUGUCAUAAAAAAUAUAUAUUUUCAAAUUGUAAAGUUGAAAGUAGAGAUUUCCAAUGUUAGAACGACUCGAUAUUUUAAGAUUGAUCUCUCCUCUUUUACUGCAAUUCGCUGCGAAAUCACGCUCGUCUGUGCGACAGAUGUUCGAACCAUGUGUUUAUUUUUGCGUACGAAAGAGACUAUGGUAGAACGUGAAACCCGUAUAUUAUUAGGGAGUAAAUCGAUGAUUAAAGUUC